AAAAAAAAAAAAAAAAAAAGCUGACGCUCUUUCUCAGGUUUUGGGGACCCUGCAGCUCAUGGGGCAGGGGUAGUGGUCUAGGGCUGAGCAGCAAAGCCUGUUAGCCCGCCAAGUGGUGCAGAAGUAAGAAAUAUUGGGAGUGGAACUCCCAGAAGCCUGGCGUAUAAAUCAGUGCUUUCUUGAAUUUGAGACAGGGAGUGUUUAUUCUUGUUGUGGAAGAUAUUCCUGGAUACAUUUUAUACUUUUUGUUAUCAUGGGCAAAUAUACAACCAGACUUUUCUAGUCUUCAGUUAACUUACAAAAUAGCACUCUUAACCUCUUCUUUAUGAUCAGCAAGAACCAGAGCACUGUUUUCUAUCUCUAGGGGGACGUGAGGUUGUUCUACUUUCCCACAAGAGCAGCGUAUAUUUGCGUGUGUGUGUGUGUGUCUGUGUGUGUUGAGGGGAGUUGUUACUUAUAAUUGAUGGGCUGCAACAUCUAGGCUCAUGAGUGUGGGAAUUUUGGGGAAGUCUGGCUUCUCAUGUUAUCUUCUUUACUUUUAACUUCUCAAUAUCCUGCUUUUCUUCAUGAAGGGGACAUGGAGGAAGAAAGAACAACUGUUGAAUUACAGAAAAAUAGCAUACAGGACUCAGUGGUCUUUGAGGAUGUGGCUGUGGACUUUACCCAGGAAGAAUGGGCUUUGCUGGAUCUUGCUCAGAGGAACCUCUACAGAGAGGUGAUGCUGGAAAACUUCCAGAACCUGGCCUCACUAGGGUAUCUGCUACACACACCCCAUCUGAUCUGCCAGUGGGAACAAGAGGAGGACCUGCAGACAGUGAAGAGAGAACUUAUCCAGGUCAUCUUUAUGGGAGAGCACCAGGAAGGUUUUGAGACUCAACUUAAAACUAAUGAAUCAGUUGCUCCACAAGAUAUUUGUGGAGAAAAAAUAUCCAAUGAACAAAAAAUAGUAAGAUUCAAAAGGAAUGAUUCCUGGUUCUCCAGUUUACAUGAAAACCAGGAGUCCUAUGGUAUUGAUGAUCAGAACAAAAGCCAUGAGAGACAUUUGAGAAAUCAUAUGGUAGAGAAUAUCUAUGAAUGUUGUGAAGAAAAUCAAGAUGGACAGACUUUCAGCCAAGUUCCAAAUCUUGAUUCACUCAAGAGAAACACUGAAGUAAAAUCCUAUGAAUGCCAUGAGUGUGGAAAGGCCUUCGUGGAUCAUUCAUCCCUUAAGAAUCACAUCAAGUCUCAUACUGGAAGCAAACCCUAUCAGUGCAAGGAAUGUGGGAAGGCCUUCCAUUUUCUUGCUUGUUUCAAGAAGCAUAUGAAAACCCCCACUGAAGAGAAGCCCUACGAAUGUAAGGAAUGUACCAAGGCCUUCAGUUGUUCCUCAUUCUUCAGGGCACAUAUGAAGAUUCACGUCGGAAAGACAAACUAUGAAUGUAAGGAAUGUGGGAAAGCUUUUAGUUGUUCCUCAUCGCUCACAGAACACAAAAGAAUUCACAGUGGAGAUAAGCCUUAUGAAUGUAAGGAAUGUGGGAAGGCCUUCAGUUGUUCCUCCUCACUCUCCAAACACAAAAGAAUUCACAGUGGAGAUAAGCCAUAUGAAUGUAAAGAAUGUGGGAAGGCCUUUAGCUCUUCCUCUCACCUUAUAAUACAUAUAAGAAUUCACACUGGAGAGAAGCCUUAUGAAUGUAAAGAGUGUGGGAAGGCCUUCAGCGAGUCCUCAAAACUCACUGUACAUGUGAGGACACAUACUGGAGAGAAACCCUACAAAUGUAAGGAAUGUGGGAAAGCCUACAAUUGUCCCUCCUCUUUAAGUAUCCAUAUAAGAAAACACACUGGAGAAAAACCCUAUGAAUGUCUGGAAUGUGGAAAGGCCUUCUACCUCCCCACUUCCCUUAAUACACAUGUGAAAAAUCAAAGUCGAGAGAAACCCUAUGAAUGUAAGGAAUGUGGGAAGGCCUUUAGUUGUCCCUCGUCCUUUAGAGCACAUGUGAGAGACCACACUGGAAAGAUACAGUAUGAAUGUAAGGAGUGUGGGAAGACCUUUAGUCGUUCCUCGUCCCUCACCGAACACCUAAGAACUCACAGCGGAGAGAAGCCGUAUGAAUGUAAGGAGUGUGGGAAAGCCUUUAUUAGUUCCUCCCACCUUACAGUACAUAUCAGAACUCACACUGGAGAGAAACCCUAUGAAUGUAAGAAAUGUGGGAAAGCCUUUAUUUAUCCCUCAGCCCUUAGGAUCCACAUGAGAACGCACACUGGGGAAAAACCCUAUGAAUGUAAGGAAUGCGGGAAAGCAUUUCGUCAUUCUUCAUACCUUACUGUACAUGCAAGAAUGCACACUGGAGAGAAACCCUUUGAAUGUCUGGAAUGUGGAAAGGCCUUCAGUUGUCCCUCAUCCUUUCGAAGGCAUGUGAGAAGCCACACUGGAGAGAAGCCCUAUGAAUGUCAAGAAUGUGGGAAAGCCUUUGUUUGUCCUGCCUACUUUCGAAGACAUGUGAAAACUCACACUAGAGAAAACAUAUAAAUGUAAGGAAUAUGGGAACGUCUGCAAAGCUUCAGAUCCUAGGCAACUUGUGAGAUCUCAUACUGUGGAGAUACCCUAUGAAUGUAAGAAAGUAGGAAAUUGUUGCUCAUCGUUUUGAAGAUUUGAGGACACUUCAGAGAAACCCUGUGUAUGUAAAUCAUGUACUGAAAACUUUAUGAACAUUGCUUAUUAUGUAUAAGAAAAUUCAUACUAGAAAUGAAGAUCAGUGCCUCAUCCUUAAAGUAGACUGCUAGCUCUUUGAUUACCAGUGUUUUCUGAUAGGAACAUUUAAGGUGAUAAAUUUACCUUUUCAGCUCCAGCCACAUACCUUUUAGUAUGAGGUGCUUUAAUUUUGGUUCUGAUGUAAAUAUGAUUUCCAUGACAAAAUCUUUUGGAUCCAUGGAGGAUGUGAAAAAAUUUUUCUGUAUAGGCAGGAGUGGUCUUUUUUAAAAAAGUGGUUUCUAAUUUAUGUUCAUCAUUCUUUAAAUGGGUAGUCACUAUAAUAUUGACACUUUAGUUUUUGUUGAUGCUUUGUUUUUAGUCUACAUGGCGGAUAGUAGAACUUGCCCACUCAAUAUUUUUCUUCCUAUUCUUUUUCCUAAGAGAGACGUUAGAGUUUCUGAGAUGGUCAAUUUUUACUGUUUAAAGCUUUUAUUGUCUAGUGAGUAAUUUCAGCAGAAAUUAAUUUAAUAUACUAUUUUCAUAUUUUA